GGUUUAGCUCCAUUCAUUGAGUCACUUCCUCCUAGCGCCGGGAGGAGGAAAAUGAAUCUCCUCCAAAAAUGUAAGCCAGUCUGGAUAACUUUCUCCCUCAUCCAUCUCGAUAGGUAACAUGCUGGUGUGGUGUAGGCGUUAAGCAGUGACGUCUGAAUCAGGAGAAUGUCCCCCGGUUCCAAUAUCCUCUCUUUCCUGAAUUCACUAGGUGGCCUUAAAUAAGCGAUUGCUUUUCAGCCUCGGAAUUCCACUAUGGCGAUAAUGUUUCCCUUGCAGGGUUGUUGUGAGUAUAACAAGAAAAUGCAUGUGAAUUUUGAAAAGCGCUAUACAAAUGUUAAGUAUGAUUACCCCGAUCCUAUAUUCUGCAUAGGAUCGCGGUGAGGCAUGGAUGGCAAAGGCUGCUUAAGACGCCCGGGUUUUCCAUUCCCCUCAGCCAGCUGAACGUUCCAUCUGCUCCCACCCAUCUCCUAAUAGGAGCGACUCGAAAAUAGUGGAAGUAUCAAAAAAGAAAGAACGCGUCAACGGCCGACGCGUUGUAGGAGACUACGAAAGCAAAGGCCUGCGUUCUCUUCCCCUGCCAAUCCAAAAACGGUUUUGUUGAAGAUGAAGAACAGCACCUGAGGAUGUUUCUGCGUGCUUACUUGGAGGAAUGCGGGACUCCCUUGAGCUCCAAUGCAAGCUGCAGCGGCAGCGACUCCUGCCUCUCCUCCGAGAAGUGGAGAGGCUGGAAAGGAAAGUGUUAAGCGCCGGCUACUUGCCUCCAGUAUAGUGGGUGGCGAUAGCCAGCUGAUAUCGCAGGAUCGGAGUUGCAGGUUGUGAGAGGGGGACGGAAAGGACCUUGGCUGCCUUGUCGUAACGUUCUAGCCACUGAGGGAUCAUUGAUUUGUGUGUACAUGGUUUUAUUUUGCUCCCCCCACCCCGCUUCUACGGACUUUCAAGGCGCGUGUUCGAGCCCAGGAAGGAGCAGUUUCUGCAGGCGCGCACGCACCCGCCCGCCCAUCCUCACCUAGACCUGGGUUUGCUGCUGGCUUGAUAGAUGCUGCUGCCGCUGCUUCCUUCUCUACCUGAAAGUUUCCACCGUGUAAAGCAGCUUCUUUUCAAGCGGACGGCACUGCAAAAGCCUUGGGGAAACGAUUUCCUUGGAGCUGCUUCGAAUCUUGGCUUUAAAUUCAUUGCCAAAAGGCUGUUCGGAGUGGUAGGAGGAAAGCUUUAUUCCUUUUUUAAAAAUUGCCAAUUCUUAACCAGCAAAGGGGAAACAGCUGCUGAUUUGGGAAACCUCUUCUUCUGCUCCUGCAACCCCUCCCUCCUCCUUUUUGGGUCAUCUUGAUCUCGGGGAAUUAUUGUGCAAAAAAGAGAGAAACUGAAAUACAAGCUAACUUGGAAAGCAAGGAGAUUUACCUCCCCCCCCCGCCCCGCUCCCCUUCUCCUCGUUGCCUGUGGGUUGGUAAUGCAAGGUUUGCUCCGUUGGUUUGUCCUAUUUCUUCACCAUCAGCGGGAGGAACUGUGGAAUUAGAAGCCGGGCACCAACCGUGCUUGUUGCAACCAGCUCGGCUUGUUUUAAAGGACGCCGAGGAGAAUCGGGAGUGCACGCUGGAAAUCCUUUGGGGGAUACAGAAUUGUGCUUCUCGUGGGUCUAUUGACACGUCCCAGCUUGGAUGAAGAGAACAAUAUUUGUUUUGCCUUAUGUAAGUGAGCACUGGAUCUGGAACACGGCUGCGAGUUCACCUUUCCUCCUUGUUUCAAUGGAUUUCAGUCUUGCAAGCUUUAGUACUGGUUUACUGUUUGCUGCCUGACACAGCCGUUUUGGCCCCCAAAGGAGAGGCCCCAAAGUGAACAUAAAUUGAGAAACAGACGAAGUACUUGAGCAGCAUGAGUGAUUCAUUUCCAACUGGGUUUGUUUCAAGCAGCUGGAAUAUGGUGCCAUGAAAGAGUCUGUCAUCCAUGACAAGUUGGGAUUAUCAUGAUCGAAUACUCCAUUUUGAUUUUAACCAGUGGCCAAGAGCUUUGUAUGGUCAACAGCAAGGACUGGACUUUUAAAGACAGUAUAACAGGCCUGUGACGGAGGAUUAGACGACAUCAGUGGAGUCAUGCUUCACACAGCCAUAUCAUGCUGGCAGCCAUUUCUAGGUCUGGCUGUGCUGCUAAUUUUCAUGGGCUCCACCAUCGGCUGCCCAGCCCGCUGUGAAUGCUCGGCACAGAACAAAUCUGUCAGCUGUCACCGGAGGCGCCUGAUGGCCAUCCCCGAGGGCAUCCCCAUUGAGACGAAAAUCCUGGACCUUAGCAAGAACAGGCUGAAAAGUGUCAAUCCCGAGGAAUUUGCUGCUUUCCCGCUGCUUGAGGAGAUAGAUCUCAGUGACAACAUCGUUGCCAAUGUAGAACCGGGAGCCUUUAACAAUCUUUUUAACUUGCGCUCCUUGCGACUGAAAGGAAACCGUCUGAAACUGGUCCCUUUAGGGGUGUUCACCGGACUGUCGAACUUAACAAAGUUAGAUAUCAGUGAGAAUAAGAUUGUCAUUCUGCUGGACUACAUGUUCCAGGAUCUGCACAACCUAAAGUCCCUCGAGGUUGGGGAUAAUGACUUGGUUUAUAUAUCCCACAGGGCCUUUAGUGGACUGUUUAGCCUGGAGCAGCUCACUCUGGAGAAAUGCAACUUAACAGCUGUACCAACAGAAGCCCUUUCCCACCUUCACAACCUCAUCAGCCUGCACCUGAGACAUCUCAACAUUAACCUUUUGCCUGCAUAUGCCUUUAAGAGAUUGUUCCGCCUGAAAAACCUAGAAAUAGACUAUUGGCCUAUGCUGGACAUGAUGCCUGCCAAUAGCCUCUAUGGCCUGAACCUCACUUCUCUCUCCGUCACCAGUACUAACCUGUCCACCAUACCUUAUUCUGCUCUGAAGCAUUUGGUGUACUUGACACACCUGAACCUCUCCUACAAUCCCAUCAGCACCAUUGAGUCAGGCAUGCUUGCAGACCUGGUGCGCCUGCAGGAGCUUCACAUAGUGGGGGCCCAGCUACGCAUCAUUGAGCCCCAUGCUUUCCAAGGACUCCGGUUCCUGCGGGUGCUUAAUGUGUCCCAAAAUUUGUUGGAAACCAUAGAAGAGAAUGUGUUCCAUUCUACCAAAGCCCUGGAAAUCCUCAGCAUAAACAACAACCCUUUGGCUUGUGACUGCCGCCUGCUUUGGAUAUUACAAAGGCAGCCCAUGCUACAGUUUGGCAGCCAGCAGCCCAUGUGUGCUGGCCCAGACAUCGUCAAAGAGAGGCCAUUCAAAGAUUUCCACAGCACUGCCCUUUCUUUCUACUUCACUUGCAAGAAGCCCAGGAUACAUGACAAGAAGCUGCAAUACUUGGUAGUGGAGGAAGGGCAGACAGUACAGCUCAUGUGCAGUGCUGAUGGUGACCCUCAGCCGACCAUUGCCUGGAUGACGCCACGACGGAGACUGGUCACCACAAAGUCAAACGGAAGAGCUACAGUGCUGGGAGAUGGCACACUGGAGAUCCGAUUUGCCCAAGAUCAAGACAGUGGGCUCUAUGCUUGCAUUGCCAGCAAUGCUGCUGGGAAUGACACCUACUCAGCCACCCUUACCGUCAAAGGGUUUGCCUCGGAUCGUUUCCUUUAUGCGAACAGGACUCCUAUGUACAUGACAGACUCCAAUGACACCAGUUCCAAUGGAACCAAUGUGAAUACAUUUUCCCUGGACCUUAAGACAAUACUGGUGUCAACAGCCAUGGGCUGUUUUACAUUCCUUGGGGUGGUUUUAUUUUGUUUCUUACUUCUUUUUGUGUGGAGCCGAGGGAAAGGCAAGCAUAAAACCAACAUUGACCUCGAGUAUGUCCCCCGUAAAAACAAUGGUGCAGUGGUGGAAGGUGAGGUACCUGGACCCCGCAGGUUCAAUAUGAAAAUGAUUUGAUGAUUAUGCUGCUAGCAUUAUGGUUUCUCCCCCUCUCCUGUGGCAUUCUAACACAUUCAACUAGCCUGGCAUGUAGGGAUUGCCAGGCCCCUCAGGCAGCUCCAUGUGGUUGUCAUGGUGUCAAAUAGUACAUGGAAACCAGGAAGACUAUCUGAGGUUGUACAGCAAAGCCUCUCGUUUUGAGGCUGUGUGUGUGUUCGGGCUUUUUGCAGAGUUGGUAUACAGUACUAAUUGUUUGCAUUGCAAAUUUUUUGGCAUUCUGGGGAUCUCAGUAACGAACUGUCAGCUCAUGUUCACAGACAAUUGCUCAAAACAUUUUCUACCACUACAAAAAAGAAGAAGAAGGAAAAAACCCUACAGUGUAGGAUUUACAUAUUUAAAAGAAAAGAGACACAUUUGUCUAUGACAUAACUCUGCAGUGAAAUUUGUAUCUAUAGAUCUCAUUUGCUAAAGCCUCGCAUCAUACAUACCUUCUAGUUGGUUUGGCACCACAAGAUUAAUGUAUUACUGUUGGGUUUUUUUAAAUAUACAUAUUUACUGUGUACAUUUUAAAGCAAUACAAAUGAGAGGUUUUGUUCCUUCCACAGUAACUGACCCGUGUGAUGUCACUCUUCCCAUAAUUACAGCCAAAUUCCCAAAUCAGACCUCUGUAGUCACCAAUGAAAGAUGCUGUCCAGUGUCUACCCUUAUGUCAGACAGAGAGGAACUGCUGAGGCAGGCAAAAAUUAUGGUGUCCUGUUGCUCUUCUCUUCAUGUAAAGAAAAGGCAUGUGCCUAAUUUUGAUAUAGAAUUGAAUAUUUUUUUAAAAUACCUGUGAGAUCACGCUGGACCAGCUUACUGUAAAAGAGUCUGAGGUCCAACUUCCUAGUCAUUGUUGGCAUCAAAAGCUGGCAAAUUACACUAGAUGAUAGUGCUGUGUUCUUUUUAUUUUAUUUUUCUCCCAUCUCUCUGUUUUAAUUUCGAAUCCAUUGUUAAAAUGUUAAUGUGUACUUGGAGAAAGAAGCAGGGUAAUGCAUUCUGCCAUACUCCUAGGGAAAUGCCAUCAGAACUGAAUUUAUGGAAGCAAAUUAAAACAUGCACAAAGUUGGCUGUCAGGAAUAAACUCCUCCUUGAUACCAAUAAACCAGAGGUAGCCAUGCAUAAUAUGAGAAGAUGCCACUCAACAAAAUGUCCUCACAUGAUAGCUUCCAUAAGGCCAACGUACUGCCAAAUUUCAAGCCACAGACCAUUUUGUAUUUAGAAAAUGUAGACUGUUCCACACUGUUGCUUGUUUUUCCUCACACAGAUAAUCUCUGGGGACAUGACCCUGUGGAGAAAAGCUUAGGGGCACAAUUUCAUUUUUCAAUAAGUGGGGAGAGGUAAGAGUCGUCAGUAGAGGGACAAGAGCAUGGCGCAAAGGCCUACUCUUGGAUACAUUCAAGAUUAAACUGGGGGGGAGAACCAAACCUAUGUAUUUUAGAGCAUUUGUUAUGAUUUUUUUUUAAUACCUCAUGAUAAUUAUAGCAGUUGUACAACACAGGACAAACAGGCACCUUUUUUUAGCAAAUGUAUUUGUGCCUUUAGCAUACAUACCUAGUAUAUAGUCCCAUUUAAUUGUUUAGAAACAAUAGUAUAGAUCCAGUGGGCGAUAGGUGCUCCUGAGGAAUAACCAGAUGUGUUCUGAAACAUGGAGUAGGAGAAAGUGACAGCCCUCUCUGGUGGAGAAAUAUACUGGAGGGGCACAUGAGGGGUUUAUCUACAAAGUACUGCUACCAUCUUGGAAAAUGCUAUCAAGUGGCUACGUAUCUCACUGGUUCAUCAUACUUUCUCCUUCCAUUUGUAACCUAAAGUUGAUCAUUUCAAGAAAACAGUGUGGUAAAAAGCACUGUAUGAACUGGCUCUUAGAAAGAAAAAAAGCUAAAAUCCCAUUCCUUGAUUAUUUUAUAAUUUCUUGAUUGCUUUAAUUAUUGCUGUUUCCAUUUUAGUAAUUGUAUUGCCUUGUCUUUUCCCAAUAUGAAAAAGAAUAUGUUGUGGUCAAGAGGAAUUAAAGCUUGGGGAAUAAUAA